AUGGAUGCUACAUCUGCUAAAGGGGCUGCUCAAAGGCGACUAAAGCUGGAAAAACAGAAGAAGCGUCAGCAUAAGCAUGCCCAUGAGGUACAGUCUUUGCAAACCAGGUCUUUCAAUGCAUUGGUGGAUCUUGGUCCAAUAAUCCCCCGAUCUAGUGUAAAGACUCCCAGUCGCGGUUCGCAAACUUCAGUUUCUGAAAAUUUUGGUGAGUUUUUUGAAAAUCUGUUCAUUUUACUCGAAGACAGUUUAUUGUUCAGAAUAUUCGAAAUCAUGGUUUCCCAUCAGAUCAAACUUCUCCAAAAUAUCUCAGGAGUAAAGUUUCAACCCUACGGGGCAAAUGGAGAAUUAAAUCUUCUCAGCUCUAUCUGCCUUGAAAAUGUCAUUGUUAUUUCAGCAUAUGAUGGUCCACAGGCCUUUGAAUUGGGCAACCCGGACCUCCUUGAUCCUCCCAUUCAGGUUCUGCGAGUCAGCGGUGAUAGGGACGACGCUGCCACUCCUGCUAUUGCCACUUCAAAGUCUUCCUCGAGAGAAAACACAGGCACCUCAAAGACCUACCAGGCAAUUCACAUUCCACCUAUUCGACCGGUGAAGUUACCACUGCCCAAAACACCCCUCACGGGAACGGAUCGAAGGUCGCUUUUUGAGUCUAUGGAACUAGAAGAGGUGGAGGAGGAUGUGUCAACCGCAGCAGUCAAGUUGAGAUCGAAAGUGGGAAGGCGAAAGGUGCGAUCAGCCACUCAUAGGCAGAGCAGGACGCCUCUCCGACCGCACAGCGCUAUGGAGGCAUCUCAGAGACCACAGGUCAAGACGAACAACCUUAUUGACUUUGAUAAGGCUGAUAGCGUUGCCAUGGAGACAUCUGUUGUGUCUGCUACAGCAGUUCGCUCGGUUACACCUUCAACGGCCAGUGCAGUGUCAUAUCAGUGGGUGAGUUCUGCAGCCUCAAAACACGAAAAACCAAACUUCAAAAACCUCCAUUCUAAGGGAAAAGGUAAUGAUCUAAGUGGCGAAAAUGCUGUGAGAUCCAAGAGAAAGAAUCCCGCGAAAAAAGGUACGCUAAGUGAAGUUAGUGUCACGAGAAGAUCGAAAAAGAAGGUGGCAAAGCAGCAGAGACCAGAAAGAUUGCUGCGGCGACAAGAAUUGUCGCGAUCCACCGACCACCUGACCACGAAAGACAAACGUGCCCAUAAGCGUGACGGAGUGAGAUCAACAGACGACACCGAGCGCAAGGUAGCCGGUGCUGUGUCUCAAGGUACCCUAGAGAAAAGUCGAUCUAGUAAGCCUCGCUCCCCUCGCAGAGCUGCUCAUGUUCGCGAUGAUGCCGUGCAGAGCAAUCUUGGAGCAGACUUGAAGACCCCUCAAGUCAAGAUGGUAGAAAAAAUAAAUCAAAUUGGACAUCCUACCUCACCGGUCCUUAGUGCAGGAAACAGGAAGUAUAGGAAGGAGGCUGGAUCUCCUACCAAGCGAACAAAUUCGAAAGGAAGAGAGAAGGUGGUUUCAUCAAAAGAUGACCUGGUGCACGAUGAGCCGAUCAGAUCGACAUUAACUCGCAUCUUCAGUGCUGGCGAUGACGUGGAGGCGUUUAUUACAACCCCGGCUGCAAAGGGCGUGACUGUGUGCUGCCGGAUAAGUCGAGACAAGCACGGUAUAGAGGGUGGACUCUUUCCCAGCUACUUCCUCCACUUGGAGAGGCAGGAAGAUGGCCGUCGAUUCUUUCUGCUUGCAGCUCGUCGAAAGCGCCGCACCACAACCUGCAACUAUCUCAUCUCCUUAGACGCCACUGCUACCUCCUCUCCCCUCAACGCACCCGGUGAUGGCAGGCUAACUGUUGGCAAUUUACGCUCUAACUUCCUCGGUACUCAAUUCGUCCUCCUCUCCACUCGCAGCAGAUACAUCGGUCCAUACGCCUCCACUGGCCAUCAUGAUGUUGAUCUCGCUAGUGGUGACUGGUCUAAAGAAAUUGCCACUAUUAGCUAUGAACCAAACAUUCUGGGAUUCAAGGGCCCUAGAAGAAUGACAGUACUUCUGCCAUCCGUGGUGGAGCCUAUUGACUCCAAGACAAGUAAUGAACUGUCAAGAUAUGCUACUGGGGGCCCUGAAGCAAGGAACGACUCCUCAGGUAUCAUGGAGCUGCACAACAAGAAGCCCAUGUGGAAUGAAGGUAAUGUCACCCACUUUAAUCUACUGGACCCAGCCCUCUUUUGGGACGAACACAGUGGCGUUGGGAUACCCCUCACUAAGAGAUCGAAAUCACUGCAUCAAGCCUUUCUUCUAAUUCAAGAAUCGACUAUCCUUAUGCAAUUCGGGCGCGUUUCCAGCGAUGUCUUCACAAUGGAUUACACAUAUCCAUUGACAGCACUGCAAGCCUUCGGCAUUGCCAUCUCUUCGCUGACCGGAAAGUUGGCUUGUGAAUAG